AUGAGCCAGAUCUUGACGUCGCGGCAGGCCGAGGAGCUACACAAGUCUAUGAUAGCAUACCUCACCUCGAUAAACCUACCUAAUAGUGCCGCGGCGUUACGAGAAGAACUUAGUAUUGGCGACACCUUCGAUGCCGCGACCAGCAAGAAGUAUGAGGGAUUAUUAGAGAAGAAGUGGAACAGUGUGGUGCGGUUGCAGAGGAAGAUAAUGGAUCUCGAAGCAAGAAAUCUGAGUCUACAAAGUGAGCUUGACUCUGCGACACCUACCUCUCUGUCGAGGCGGAAUCAAGACCCCGCAAGUUGGCUCCCAAGGUCACCCGCAAGGCAUAGGCUAGAAUCGCACCGAGAGCCCAUCACCUGUGUUGCAUUUCACCCCGUUUUCUCAUCACUCGCAUCCGGUUCAGAAGAUUAUAGUAUCAAGAUUUGGGAUUGGGAAUUAGGAGAGUUGGAGAGGACGGUAAAGGGGCACACAAGGGCUGUGCUAGACGUUGAUUUUGGCGGACCACGAGGAGGGACAUUACUGGCAUCUUGUUCCAGCGAUCUUACAAUUAAGCUAUGGGAUCCCAGCGACGAGUACAAAAAUAUAAGGACCCUUCCUGGACACGACCAUUCAGUCUCCGCCGUACGCUUCAUACCGAGCGGUGCAGCGGGUUCGCCGGCCUCUGGCAACCUCCUUGUGUCAGCAAGUCGAGAUAAGACGUUGCGAAUAUGGGAUGUUUCAACAGGAUACUGCGUGAAAACGAUCCGUGGGCACGCGGAAUGGGUUCGGGAUGUUUCGCCUUCCUUCGAUGGACGAUGGCUAGUAUCAGCUGGACAUGACCAGACAGCACGAAUAUGGGAUGCUGCUUCUGGAGAAUUAAAAGCUACCCUGCUCGGGCAUGAGCAUUACGUGGAAUGCUGCGUAUUUGCGCCACCAUCGAGUUACGGGCACUUGGCGACAAUGGCUGGGUUGAAAAAACCACCAGCUGCAACCAGCUCGGCCGAAUAUGUUGCAACAGCAGGGAGAGAUAAGAUGAUCAAGAUAUGGGAUGCUCGGGGGACUUUGAUCAAGACUCUUGUCGGCCAUGACAACUGGGUGAAAGGACUGGUGUUCCACCCAGGCGGAAAGUAUCUACUCAGUGUUGCUGACGAUAAGACAUUGCGAUGUUGGGACCUUACGCAAGAAGGGAAACAAGUGAAGAAGCUGGACGAUGCACAUGAGCAUUUUGUUACCUGCAUUCGAUGGGCUCCGAGUGUUAGUAAAGAUGCCCCUGCUGUGAAUGGGGAAAAUGGCGCCACAACAAAUGGAGCGCCGAAGAAGGAAGAUCCCAGCAAGAUCGCCAUACGGUGUGUCAUUGCCACGGGGAGCGUCGAUAAGAGUGUUAGAGUCUUUGCAUCAUGA